CUCCCGUCUCUCCUCCACACAUCCGAUACAAUCCAGUCCCCCCUCCGAUCUCACCGGGAAAUCUCCUCCGAUCAAAGCGAAGCCAAGGCUCUCUCCUCAUCCUCAAGAUGCAGAUCUUUGUGAAGAGCCUCACCGGCAAGACCAUCACCCUCGAGGUCGAGUCCUCGGACACCAUCCACAACGUCAAGGCUAAGAUCCAGGACAAGGAGGGCAUCCCUCCGGACCAGCAGCGUCUCAUCUUUGCUGGCAAGCAGCUCGAGGAUGGCUGCACCCUGGCUGACUACGACAUCCAGAAGGAGUCCACCCUCCACUUGGUGCUAAGGCUCCGUGGUGGCAUGCAGAUCUUUGUGAAGACCCUCACCGACAAGACCAUCACCUUAGGGGUUGAUGUCACGACCCUCAUCGGAUCGGACCAGAAGAGGUAGAGGGAGAUCAGGGAAGAGAAAGGGGAUCGAGGUAGACGAAGGACAGGUGAGGGACUUGUUCAGCAAGAGAGAGAGUACAGAGUUAAACUGAAUUUCAUAAUACCAGCUGACCCCGGCCUCUGGCCUCACGCACACAUAUAACCCUGAUAGUCCUGGGGCCCACCGGACAUACACACUCACCUAACUGAAGACUAGUCUUCAUCCUCUGCACAUGGGCCCUUGUUGCUCUCCUCCCGUAGUCGCACCAGAGGUGCCUUGCUGUCCGUUGUCUCGCCUGUAGGUGCAGCAGGAGAGGGGGGCGUGACAUUUGCCCCUCCUUGGAAAGGAGCUCCCGCGACGAGAUCCAUGUCCGGGAAACGCUGUUGCAGGACAUUGUAGUUCUCGCACGUUGUGCUCGUCGGCGACAAGGUGUGCCGGUGAACCAGGACCU